AUGCGCCAAAGAAUACUCCUUGGCAUCCUUCUGGCCCUCUCUUGCAGAGUCGAUGCGCAUCCUGGCUUCAGCGCCGUUCUGCACGAUCUCCACGGAUAUGUAGCUCGACAGAAUGCCAGCACGGACGGCCCCUCGACCACCCUUCUCGCUGAUCUUGCCACUCAUGGCGCCAAGACGCCCGCGGGCGAGGCCAUCCGCAGCAUCCUCCAGGGCGAGUCCACGGCCGUUGUCGACCCCACCGUCGUCUAUACGCGGCCAGACGCGGUGAACAAGGCCGGCAACGGCGGGCUCAAUAGUCCUGCCUGCGGCACAGACACCUGCUGCAUCUGGAGCUACAUUGUGCCCGCCAUGGUGGUCGCCUUUUCCGAGAACAACGGCACCCGCUGCUCGGCCCUUGCCCGCAGCGCCAUCCGCAUUGGCUUUCAUGAUGCGGCCGUCUAG